GUAACGCGCCUUACGUAGGCCACAGUUUGUCAGACCAAAUGUUCGAUCCUUGAUAUCAUCGAUUGAUAGUGAGUGGGUCCCUCGCGGUAGCGUUUUUGUGCCUGUCAUGGUUCUAUUGAAGACCAGAUAACCUUCAGAUACUCAAAAAUGACGGACUACCUUGAAGAGCAAAGAAAUGAACUUGAAGCUAUAGAAUCCAUCUAUCCUGACUCGUUUACAGUGCUGUCUGAAGACCCCACCAGUUUCACCAUCAAUGUGACGUCAGAUGCUGGGGAACACGGCGAGACGGUGGAAGCAACGCUAAGGUUUACAUAUGUAGCCAAAUACCCUGAUGAGCCUCCGUUGUGGGAGAUCUACUCCCAGGAGAACCUGGAGGACCAGGAUGCGGAGGACAUCCUCACCUUACUGCAGCAGCAGGCUGAGGAGAACUUGGGGAUGGUGAUGAUUUUUACCCUGGUGACAGCUGUCCAGGAAAAACUAAAUGAAAUAGUGGAUGCAAUGAAAAACAGGCAAGAAGAGGAACGACGUCAGAAAGAGAAGGAAGCAGAGGAAGCAGAGAAGGUGGCGUUCCAGGGCACAGUGGUGACCAUUGAAAACUUCCUGGCAUGGAAAGCCAAGUUUGAGCUGGAGAUGACGGAACUCAGAAGAAAAAGACAGAAAGAGGAGGAGCAGGCUGGAAAACCCAAACUGACUGGUAAACAGCUCUUUGAGAGGGAUCACAACCUCGACACGUCGGAUAUUCAGUUUCUUGAAGAUGGAGGAAACAACGUAGAAGUAGAUGAGUCCCUUUUCCAGGACAUCGAGGACUUGGAUUUGGACGAGGACGACCCAGACUUUGACCCGUUAGAGAUGGGCAGCGAUGAAGACUGAAGUAGCACAACAACGGACCUUUGAACGUUUCUUUAACACAUCCUUUAUUACUCCGCAUGUUUCUAAGGACUCUUAUAAUAAACGAGGGAGAUCACCUUUAACUCA